AUGAGGAGCCUGCUGGUUCUCACUUUGGUGGUAGCUACUGCGUAUGGAUGUGGUCUUCCCACUUUCCCCCCUGUGCUGAGCAGGGUGGUGGCAGGAGAAGAUGUCAGGCCUCACAGCUGGCCCUGGCAGAUCUCGCUGCAGUCAGACAGCAGUGGGGGCUGGAUGCAUGUCUGCGGAGGCACCCUCAUCUCCUCUCACUGGGUCCUCACUGCCGCCCACUGUAUCAACGACCGCUACAACUACAGAGUGGAGCUGGGUAAACACAGCCUGAAGGCGAGCGAGGAGGGCUCCGCAGCUCUGAGCGCAGCUGAGAUCAUCACACAUGAGGACUACAACAUUCUGCUCAGCCGUAACGACAUCGCCCUGAUCAAGUUGUCUUCCCCUGUCACCUUCUCUGACACAAUCAUGCCCGCCUGCCUCCCAGACCCGGGUGUCACCCUGCAGCACGGUUCUCGCUGCUACGUCACCGGCUGGGGUCGACUCUUGACCGAUGGUCCUCUGGCUGACAUCCUGCAGCAGGCUCUCCUGCCAGUCGUCGGCCACAACAUCUGCAGGCAGCCCGACUGGUGGAGCGUCCUGGCCACAGACAAGAUGGUCUGUGCUGGCGGAGACGGCAUCACUGCAGGCUGUAACGGAGAUUCAGGCGGCCCCCUGAAUUGCCAGAACCCUGAUGGCUCCUGGGACGUUCACGGCGUGGUGAGCUUCGGCUCUGGUCUGGGGUGCAACAUCCUCCAGAAACCCACCGUCUUUACAAAAGUCAGCUCCUACAUCAGCUGGAUCAACACAGUUGUGACCAGCUACUGAAGAAACCACCCAAGUGCUUUUUACAGUAAUAAGAUCAACAAUCACCUACAAUGAGUCAUCUCAGACUUACUAUAAACAAUGGAGAUGCUGUUUGAACGGAUAGUUCACCCACAAAAUGAAUAGUCACUCAUUAUCAACUCACCACUAUGCCUAUGGAGGGG